CGCGGUGGCGGCGGGAACGGAGAGGGGGCUGGGCUCGGGCGCCGCGGCCCGGCUGUCCCCGGCGGCCUAGUUCCGCCGACGCCGUCUCUGUCUGGGCGCGGCCUGAAUAACUUCCCAGCGGCUCGUUUGGAAGUUAUUUGAAGAGGGGCGUUUGAGUCCCCGGGAGCCGGAGGGCCUCGUCCUGCCCAGCGUUUUCCCAGCGCUUUAGUUCAGAGACCGGGCCAGAACCCAGCGCUCCUCACGGCCAGGUCGUGGCCUUGACUCCAACAGAAGUUGACUCUGGAGAGUGGUGAGUCAGAGGAGACCUCAGACAGCAGGCAGCUGAGGCCAUGGCCUCCGACCUGGACUUCUCACCUCCCGAGGUGCCCGAGCCCACCUUCCUGGAGAACCUGCUACGGUACGGACUCUUCCUGGGGGCCAUCUUCCAGCUCAUCUGUGUGCUAGCCAUCAUCGUGCCCAUUCCCAAGUCCCACGAGGCGGAGGCAGAACCAUCUGAGCCCAGAAGUGGGGAGGUGACAAGGAAACCCAAGGCUGCUGCUCCUUCCACGAACAAGAGGCCCAAGAAGGAGGCUAAGAAGAAACGCUAGAAGACCGGCCUGGCGAGCGGGCGGGUGAGGGGCACGGGCCGUAGGGGUGCCCUCCUGGGCCUCAGCGUCCUGUUCUCUCGCUCUGUCCCCGGCUCGCUCUGAGGCUCUGGGACACCCUCUGACCACAGAGACAGGCCCAGCUGGGCAGACCACACUUCCUCCUCUUCUGCUUCCGUGAUGGUUUUUAGGGCCAAGGGGACGGAAACACCCUGUGAGCGGAGACCGUCUUAGAGGUGUUUGUUCAGACAUCAGGUCAGCUCAGAGUUACGUUUUACUAAAUCAUGGAGUCCAGCCUGUAGUCCCACCAUGGAUUCACACUACAUUUUAGAGUCAUGAUCUAACGCUGACAGGCGCCACCCUCUCCCACGAUUUGUGCACCAUAGAUUUCCUGCUAAUCAGUCCCCUUAUCUCUGCUCGUGCAGAUGAAGCUAGGCUACGCCUCACCUGUUUGUUUGGCUCGGGACGCAUGGCCACUGUGACGUUCAUGGUCCCACAAGUGCAGCAACCAGGUCUGAAAGAUGCCUUGUGUGAGAGCCAGAGAAGACCUGGGCCGGGGUAAUGCCUGGUUCUCCUCCAGCAGAUGGAAGUAGGGUUUCCGGGCGGGAGUUCCCACCCAUUCUCAGGAUUUCCCCCCCACCCCCCACUUUCCCAUUCCCGAAUCCCGAGAAAAGUUGGUCAGGAAAUCGGGAAAAUUGUCUCCUUGAACCCAGGUGGUUGGUAUUAUCAGCCGUCACUUUGUGGAAACAAUUCAUUGUGAAGAACAGAAAGCAAUUUGUAUCUUGGGAUUUGGGAACGGGAAAGUGAGAAAAAUUCCUGAGAAUGGGUGGGAAUUCCCACCCGGGGAACCCUAGAUGGAAGGGAUUUGGUUGAAUGAGUGCAUGUUUCUUAGGCUGAACUUUCUGAGCCUCUCAAAAGGGGGUCUUGUCACUCUCAGACCAACCUCUUUUCAACCCAGCAGCACAUUCAAGAUGAGCCUUUUGGCUUCCAGCUCUGCGAUCUCCCACAUCGCUCAUCCUCCCCCACCAUUCUUUCAUCCCUUGACCAGUGAGGUAAAGUUGUUUUGGCAAGUAAGUGUCAAUAAACUGCCCUGCUUGCUGAA